CACUCAACUAUUCGGUUUCUGAAAUGAUGAAAUCACAAGAGUGACCAAGCUGAAGCGAAACUAUUAUUACAUCACAAUUGGAGCAAAGAAAGAAGAGGAGGUUGCUUUCUGUUUUCUUUAUUGUUCCUGCCAAGUGCCAAUGUAUAUUUGUCUCUUGCAUUUCUUGAUCGAUGAGAUUUUGGAGCAAUUUGUUGAAUUUUGAAUUGGACCUCAAAUUUCUUAUUCUUAAGCCUUGAGCUUGGUUGUUGUUUCAAGUUCCAUUUUUUGGCACUCUCACGAGUGGUUUUCUGCCAUGUCCAAUAACAAGAGAAGUUGCGGUAAUAGCAAAGGUUCGAAGCGGAACCUGCCAUCUUGGAUGAGUUCAACGGAGGAGAACGAGAACGAGGAAGAAAAUCGAGAAAAGAAACCAUCUUUGGAUGCUGAAGGCGAGAAAUCACGUGAAAAUGCUGGAAAGUCCUCCUUCAACAAGCUUCUGGAAGGGGUGGUGUUUGUGCUUUCAGGGUUUGUGAAUCCGGAGAGAGGAACGUUGAGGUCACAUGCGAUUGAAAUGGGGGCAGAAUACCAACCUGAUUGGAACUCUGAAUGCACACUCUUGGUUUGUGCAUUCCCAAAUACGCCUAAGUUUCGCCAAGUCGAAGCUGAUGGUGGAACCAUUGUGUCAAAGGAUUGGAUAGUAGAAUGUUACAGCCAGAGGAAGUUGAUUGAAAUUGACAGUUACCUUAUGCAUGCUGGGAAACCAUGGCGUAAAGGAAAUAAAUCACAUGAAGACAGCGAAGAUAAGAGGCCAUCAGCGUCCAAAAGAUAUCCUGAUCAUGAAAGAGAAUUGCCUUCAAAGCCAACCGCCUCCAUAAAAUCAAAGGGAAAAGAGAUUGCUGCUGCUGGAAAAUGCUUUGUUCCUUCGGAAGUGAAGAAGUGGGCCAUUGAUGAUUUGAAAAAAACAGUUCAGUGGUUGGAAAGUCAAGAAGAAAAGCCAGAUCCAACUGAGAUAACAAAGAUAGCCGCGGAGGGGAUUCUGACGUGUUUGAAAGAUGUAAUAUCUGCUCUUGAGGAAAAGCAGGACAUCCAGAAAGGAACUGAGGACUGGAAAUUCCUACCUCGUGUUGUUGAAGAGCUCGCAAUGUUCGAUGCCCAGGGAAAAGAUAUGGCAUCAAUGUCAAAGGAAGAAAUUCUCAAACAGGCACUGGAAUGUAAACGAAUUUAUGAGGUGGAACUAAAUAGUGUAGGUCAUGAUUUGAGAAAAACUGAAAACAUAAACAAAGAACAUAGUAGCAAGACCAGAAGAACGAAUGGAAAAUCUCCUGGUGCAAACGAGUAUGAUAGUGAUGAGACAAUUGAGAUGACAGAACAGGAAAUAGAUCUUGCAUAUAAGACUCUGUCCUCUAAGAUCCAUUGAUGUUGAUUGAACUUGCUUAGUUAGGGAUGAAAAGUAACUAACUUUUGUUUUAUAUUUUCAAUAGAUCAAAAGAUUUUAAAGGCCUGAAUAUAUUUUCUGUAGUGUGUAUUUUCUGUAUUCGUGUAUUUUACUUCUCAUUUAUACAUAGCAGCAGGAAUAAUCAAACAUCAAGUGAAAGUGUGAAACUGAGAUCAUCUGCACCAAGUAAUUUCACUACAGCAUGUUCAAAGAGAAAUUACUUCAAAGCCACUAGA